ACCCCUCCGGCUGCCAGGAUGCCAGUGAGGAGAGGGCGGGUGCCUGGUGGGGGUGACGCGCCAGGCUCCGCUGGCCCCCAGCUCCCGCGAGGAACCUUUGCACUUUACUCUGAGUGGUUGACGCUCAGCAUUCUGCGCGGCCUGGAGGGCACUCCGUGUGUCGUCCCAGCUGGGCAGCAAGCCACUUAGAGGGACAGGAGCCGUCACCACAUGCCUGGCUUUGGUCCAGAAUGUGUGCGGAAGUACCAGGGGCUCGAGCAGUGCUGGCCGCGGUGCCUCUGUCCUUGGGACCCCCUGCCCCGGGGCACACACACACGCACCUUGCCUCAUCCUCGGCUGGCUUUGCGGCAACUUCCUUCUGUGAUCCACACUGGCGUUGGCUAAAACCUCUGAUGCUGCUCCUCUCAGACAAACGGACUGUUACCUUUGAGGAUGACAUUUAGCAGAUGGGGGCGCUUGGGUCACAGAGAUCUGGGUCUGGAUCAAGCACUUGACCUGUGUCACUGGUCCUCAGAGGUUCCUCAUUCAGAAACGGGACAGGUGGUCACAGUGGCGCCUUCUCAAUGGCAGGAAGGGGAGAGUGAGGUGGUGUGGACAAAGGCCUCAGCGCUGUGCUUCCUGCAGAGCAAGCUGGCAGUGAAACUCAUUCUUGUGACUAAGAGUUUUUAGUUUCAUGUUAACUGAUUUUCCGUAUCUCAAUAAUUGGGGGAUCCAUCGGCUCCUUGGUUACAAAAUACCAUUCAAGUCUAGCUUUGUCAGAAGAAUGUCGAUGUCCAGAUAAAGCUUGCUGCCCGCACAGAUGAGCCGAGAAGUCAACCAGUGGGCUCAGGCCCUGACUUCGUCACUUACGGUGCCUCGGUUUUCCUCACCUGUAAAACGGGGGCAGGGAGGGUCCCCAACGCACAGAGGUGUUAAUGACAUUGUGGUAAUUCGUAAAAAGUGCUUAAAACCAAGUCUGCUCUCUUAGCAAGGUCUUAACAAAGGCUAGUAGGUAGAGAAAGUACAGAAUUACUGUCGGCAUCCCGAGCAGCCGACGUUCAGGGUCUGACGGAACUUGCGAGCUUCCACGAAGGCGUUCCCAGAACUCCGUGAUGCAGCCGGCUCCUGUGUUUAUCUGUGGUUCCAGCGCCCAGCCUCCGAUGGCUUUUCCCCUCCCCGCCACCGGAGCCAGCCUCGCCCCGGGACCUGCUGCGACCCCGACGUUUCCCGCGGCCGCCCAGCCCCCCGGGCCUGUCAGCGUGGCGGGGUGUGGCGGGUACCAGCCCUGCACCAGCUGGCCCCCGGAGCCUGCCCCAGCGCCCAGCGCCGCUCCCUCCUACCAGGACGGUUACAGCCGCGAACCAGCGACGGAUGCCGGCAGCUACGAGAACAAACAGGAUCCCCUGCCCGCUGCCAGCCAGCCUCGGCUCCCGGCCUCGGCCGUGCCGUGCCAGCCAGGGACUAAAGGAACGCAUGGCUGGCCCGGCGGUGGGUACGGCCAAGCGCAGCCCCUGCUGCAGGCGGCCACCGCUAACGCAGGACAGCCAGUCAGCACCCUGGCCCUGAGCUGCACGGAGAACGACACCUGUCUGCCGGCUGCCAGCGCUCGGCCCGCGGCCUCCGUCUCCACCCUGCCUUCCUACACCCCGACCUCCUACAGCCCCACGUCUGCCCUGGACGCAGGAUCGAGCCACCCGAGCUGUGACCUGGCCGAGCGCUCGGCAACCGGUCCUCACCGCCCCUCACCGCCGCCCCCCCGGCCGCCCCCCCCACCCCCAGAGCCCAUGGGCUCCCUGUGGGGCGGCCCCGGGAACAGCCCCAGGGCCGGUUCUGCCGGCAGCCUGGCCAGAAAGCCCCCGAAGCCCAAGGGUGGCCCCAGGCAGCCCCUGCUUCACUACUGUGACGUCUGCAAGAUCAGCUGCGCCGGCCCCCAGACCUACGUCGAGCACCUGGAAGGGCAGAAGCACAGGAGGAAACAGGCGGCUCAGAAGAUGGGCACCCGGCCUGAUGGCAGCCCGAGCAGGGCGCAGACACAGCUGCACUGUGGCCUGUGCGCCGUGUCCUGCACUGGGGCAGACGCCUACGCCGCUCACAUCCGGGGGGCCAGGCACCAGAAGGUCUUCAAGCUGCACAGCAAGCUGGGGAAGCCCAUCCCCCCCAUAGAACCCGUGCCGGGGAACUCCAGCUCGGCCACGGCCGCGGGCGCCAGCAGGCCGGCCCCCCUCAUCGCGGAGAGUCCCCCCACGGCCUCUGCCAAGCCCACAGCCCCCGCCGGCCCCAGCGCGCAUGCCCUGAGCAAGCCAGGGCCGGCCAGGAGACCGGCGGCUUUGAAGGCCUCGCGCCUGGGGCCCCCCGAGCCGCAGGCAGCAGGCAGCAGACUCCCCGAAGGGGCACACCUCGUAUCAGAUGGGUCUGGGGAACCGCCCACCGGAGGAGGCUCUGCAGAAGCUUCUGGAAGGUGUGAUGUGCAGCCCGUGGGCCCAGGCUACGUGGAGGAGGUGUGUAACGACGAGGGCAAGGUGAUCCGGUUCCACUGCCGGCUGUGUGACUGCAGUUUCAACGAUGGCACCGCCAGGGACUUGCAUGUGAGGGGACGGCGGCACCGGCUCCAGUACAAGAAAAAAGUGGACCCUGACCUUCCGGUCGCAGUGGCGCCCAGCCCCAGAGCCCGGAAGCUGCUGGAGGAGAGGCUGAGGCGGCAGAGGCAGCUGAGCAGGAAGCGGCUGGAGGGGAUGCGGCGCUGGCACGCCGAGAUGAGGCGCUACGAUCUAUGUAGGAGGCGACUGGAGGAGGGGCCACAGGCCCAGGAAGAACACCUUGGACCCUCGCCACCUGACCAGCCCCCUCCUUCCCUCCCGAGCAGGCCGGGGGCACCUACUGGCUCACCUCUGCCCACACGGCGGCCGGAGUCCAGCGAUGAUCGGCAUGUCAUGUGGACACAUGCUGCCAUCUACCCCACGGAGGAGGAGCUCCUGGCCGUCCAGAAGGCCGUCUCCCACGUGGAGCGCGCCCUCAAGCUGGUGUCCGACGUGCUGGCCGAGGAGAGCUCCGGAAGCCCAGAGCAGGAGGGCGGCGAGCACAGCGGCGGCUCCCCCAGAGCCCGGGUCCUGAAGGGCGUGAUGCGGGUCGGCCUCCUGGCGAAAGGCCUCCUCCUGCGGGGGGACAGGACGGUGCAGCUGACCCUGCUCUGCUCGCAGAAGCCCACCCACACCUUGCUGCGGAGAAUCUCGGAGCAGCUGCCCCGGCGGCUCCCGAUGGUGACAGAAGACGAGUAUGAGGUCUCCUCUGACCCCGAAGCCAACAUCAUCAUCUCCUCCUGCGAGGAGCCCAGGAUGAGGGUCGCUGUGUCUGUCACCUCGCCCCUGAUGCGGGAGGACCCUUCCACGGACCAAGAAGGAAGGCAGGUGCCUCAGCCUGACCCAGAAGACAUCCUGAGCCCAGAGAAGUGCCUUCAGUCCCUGGCCGCCCUCCGCCACGCCAAGUGGUUUCAGGCUCGAGCCAGUGGCCUACAGCCGUGCGUGAUUGUCAUCAGGGUCCUUCGUGACCUCUGCCAGCACGUGCCCACCUGGGGGGCCCUGCCGGCCUGGGCCAUGGAGCUGCUGGUGGAGAAGGCCCUGAGCAGCACGAAGGGGCCCCUGAGUCCCGGGGAAGGCCUGAGGCGUGUCCUGGAGUGCGUAGCCUCGGGGAUGCUCCUGGCAGAUGGGCCUGGGAUCCAGGAUCCCUGCGAGAGAGACCAGAGGGACGCCCUCGGGCCCAUGACCUGCCAGCAGCGUGAGGACCUCACGGCCAGUGCGCAGCACGCCCUGCGCUUGUUGGCGUUCCGGCAGAUCCACAAGAUCCUGGGCAUGGACCCUCUGCCGCCCCCCAAAAGCAGGCCGGGGGCGCGCUUCCGGAAGAGGCUGCGGGAGGCAGGAACCGAGGCCCAGAAGGGUGAGGUCCCCGGGAAGCAGGGCCGGCAGGGUGGAGAGGGGCCCGCGUGAGCAGCGUCCCCCGCUGGGUACGCCCGGACGCGUCCUCACCGCAGCCGCUUCAUCCCGACGCUGGACGGCCGUGUUCUCCUUUCCGGAGCGAUCUGUGGGUUUUUUUAAAAACACUUUGCUUAAAGCCUCCUGGAAAUCACCUUAUCCCGGGGUGAGGGCCCCCUGGGGCAGCAGCCGGCACCCGAAGGCCCGCCCCGUGGAGGGCUGGCAGGUGCAGCACAGCGAAACCCUGCCGGCUUUGGGCUCACCCUGUGGCCCGCCAAGUGUGUGGCCUUCCGGAGCGCUCCCCGCGGAUGCCCCAGCCCUGCGUGGACUUGAAACCACAUCACAGGGACAGGCCAGGGAGAGCCGGCGGGUGGGGCCGAGCCUGAGGACGCACCCAGGCCGGGAUCCCCCGUCCCUGGGCCCAGCCUGCCCCAAACACAUCCCCCACCCCCACCCCCAGACCCCAACCUGGAGACGCCCCACCCCAGAGGUCUGCAGGGCCGGAGCUGGCAUCUUCCCGUCCAGCGUCCACCCUCAGGGAGGUGGGAGGGCCCAGGGGCGGUGAGGAUGCAGGCUGGGUGCACCCCUGGCCCCCCAGAAACGUCUGUGACCCACAGUCUGCCCUGACCCCGUACCACCGAGUGCCUUCUGCUUAGAGCGGGAGCUGCUCGGUCACUCCUCACGCACCCCCCCCCCCCCGCCCCCGCCGGGUGCAGCAGGUCUGGGUCCGGGCCUGGGCCGGGAGCCCGGGUGGACGAGGGGCAGCCCUGCCCAGUCCUCCUUCUGUGCUCGAGCCUCCCUGCCCAGUCGCCCCACGGCACUGAAGGGGAAAAGUCUGUCCUUGGGCCGAGGCCGUCUGUGGUCAGUUGAAUCCUUAAAUUGCGCUUCUGUAUUUAGGGGGCAGUCUGAGUGUGCCUUUGUGUCUGAUGUCUCCGUAGAGCCACCUGAAAGUUUGCGAGGGUGGGGAAUAAAUAAGUAAUGUCUCACGG